AUGGAUUUGAAGGCCACAGCCCUCUUAAAGUUGAUUUACCUCGAGAUGUUUGGGAAUGACAUGUCGUGGGCAUCAUUUCAUGUUCUCGAGGUUAUGUCAAGCCAAAAAUAUCUGCAAAAGAGAGUGGGCUAUUUGGCCGCUGUUCAAAGUUUCCGUCCAGAUACUGAAGUAUUGAUGCUGGCAACCAAUCUAUUGAAGAAGGAUGUUGCCGCAUCUCUGCCACCCACUGUCUCCCUUCCCUUAAUUUCUUUACCUCACAUUAUUAGCUCUUCCCUGGCGCUUUCACUUUUGUCUGAUAUCAAUCCCAGACUCUCGCAUUCGAGCCCCAACAUUCGCAAAAAGGCGGUUGCAACUCUGUACCGCUUAGCAUUAGUCUAUCCAGAUUCGCUCAAGUUGGCUUGGCCGAAGAUCAAGGAUCGUCUAAUGGAUGUUGAAGAGGACUCCAGUGUGACUGCGGCAAUCGUCAACGUAAUUUGUGAGCUUGGCUGGCGGAGACCGAAGGAUUUCCUCUCUCUUGCUCCUAAGCUCUUCGAGCUACUCGUUGAUGGAGGUAACAAUUGGAUGUCAAUUAAAAUCAUCAAAUUGUUUGCGUCGCUGACCCCACUGGAACCACGGCUGAUUAAAAAACUAUUACCACCAUUAACCAAUCUCAUUCGCACAACCCCCGCGAUGUCACUUUUAUACGAAUGUAUCAAUGGCAUCAUCCAGGGUGGGAUUCUAGAAGGCACAGAAGGGGUUCGAGAAGGGGAAGAAAUGGCCUCGCUCUGCGUCAGCAAGCUUCGCGGCAUGAUCAUCAUCGAUGGAGAUCCAAAUCUUCGAUAUGUUGCUCUUCUCGCGUUUUCGAAAAUCGUGGCAUCACAUCCCCAUCUUGUCGCAAUGCAAGAGGAUGUGAUAAUGAGCUGCAUUGAUGAUCCCGAUAUUUCUAUUCGUUUAAAAGCAUUGGAUCUGAGUGCUAAGAUCAUAAGUAGCGAGAAUCUUAUGCCAAUGAUCGAAAGGCUCAUGAAACAACUUCAAGAAGCGCCGUACUCAAAACGAAGUCAACAGCAUAAUGAAUGGCUUCAAACGGAUGUCGAGCCUACUGCAGACUCAGACGAAGAAGAUCCGACAGAGCCUCUUAGGAUAGACGACAGUUCAAGAGGCGAGCAGCAAGCUCUUCCUACAGAGCAUAGAACAAUGAUCAUUCGGCACAUACUAGAGAUGUGCUCUCAUGAUACAUACAGCAACAUGCUAGACUUCGAGUGGUAUGUGACUCUUCUCUUACGGCUUUUCAAAGUAGCACCAAGUGGCUUUGCUUUAAGCGCAAAUUCAGGCACGGCCAAACAGGCUUCGAACCUGCCCCAAAAAGAUCAGGACAUCUUCCAGGCCAUUGGAAGACAGCUACAAAAUGUCGCAGUCAGAGUUGUUGAUGUCAGACCAAACGCAGUAGAGGCGGCGGUUUCACUCCUAACAUCCGCCCAUAUUGGCGAAUCAAGUCUUAGCCACGUUUCGGUGGGAAAAAGCAUCCUAGUGCCGGCGGCGUGGAUCGCUGGAGAGUAUGUAAGGGAUCACUCGGACGCAAGCAUGAUACUCAAUGCACUACUACACCCUACCAUGAUAUCCUUUCCAUCGGGGGUAAUAUGUUCAUAUUUGCAAGCGAUCCCCAAGGUAUUCGCAUACUUGAUGUCUAACGAUAUUCUGGUUUGGGAUGGUGAGCGCAGAACAAUGACUCGCUUGCAGAUGACUCGAAUCGUAAACUUUCUUGAGCCUCUUUCGAAAAACUCAAAUCUCGACGUGCAAGAACGGGCUGUCCAAUUCCUGGAACUGUUCAAAGUUGGGUUGCAGGCCAUCAGCUAUGAAGAAGAUGGUUCCAAUCAAGCGCCCCUCCUUCUAACAAAGGCGUUGCCAACCUUGUUCUCGGAUUACGGGCUCAAUCCCGUCGCCCCUACAGCCCAAAGGAAGGUGCCAAUCCCGUCAGACUUCGACUGGAGCAUUCCGAUUAAUUUUAAUUUAUCGAACUUUUUGCUAGGCGGCACACAUAAUUUAGCUAGUGCUCCGGAGACAUGUGAGUUCUCGUCAUUCUAUAAUGAUCGCCCUAUAUUGAAGACCCCUGCUUUCCCUGCACUCGACGCAGCGCCAUCCUCAAAUGUGCCCUCUAUCUCAUACCAGCAAAUGGAUGAGCCAGCUACCGAUGGAGAGGUUGUGACACGCAGGCGGCUCGAGCGGCACCAUCGAAACAAGGAUGAUCCAUUCUACAUUGGAGCAGACGAAGCAGUGUCGGAUACGUUGUCGCCGUUCCAUCAGACCCUGCAAAGAUCCAAUGGUGAAGAUGUUGACAUCGAUGCUAUUCCGAUCAUGGACCUAGAUCUUGGGUCCCAACAGGUAUCACUGACUUUAUCUGAUACUGAUCCCAAGAGGAGCAUAAAGAAGCGGCCAAAGAAGUCCCACAUAUUGCAAGAUGUCACCAUUGGACACGAUAUGUCAGCUCCACAAGAUACGGGAACGGCUAUGCUUGUCUCAGAAAGUCCAUCACUUCGGAAGUCGACGCGGAGACGGAAGGCUGUGUUGGGUGUAGAUUCGAGUGAGCUCAAAAGCCUGCAACUAGAUGCAAGUGACGAUAAUGGGGAGCCCCAGUUAUCUGGAAGAGUAGAGGCUGAUGACGAAGAAAUGGCGAAAGCGCUUGCUGAAGUUGAGCAUCUGCGCUUAGAAAUGCAGCGCGCCGUCGAGACGGUACAAGCUACUGACGGAGCACCCACUGAAGGAACACUAGUCAAAAAGAAGAAAAGACGACCGACGAAGACGAUCGCAACUCAAGAGGUUCAAAAUUUAGCAGCCACGGAUGAGGGAGCAACAACAAAGCGGAAGAAGAAGAAGAAGAGGCCCCCAGACAUGCUACAUUGA